CUCGUGACACCGACUAGGACUGAUUACGAUCGGCCCGGAGGGGACACGCUUCUGAAGUUGGCUGUCCAUUUUAGAGUAAUAUUAUCGUGAGUUCUCGUCGACGGUAUUUCUGGCAAGCGAACCUUUUCCUGAAAGUAACGGUCGGUUGGACGGUGCUUCGGGGUAGUCACUUUCAACGCGGCAUCUGUUCGAGGGAAACGCUUCUAGAGUGACUCGCGAUAGUCUCAACAUCUUGCCGAACCAUCGUCUUGUCCGAAAAUUAUUCGUUUAAAUUCGAUAGGCUUACCUUGCUUACGUAUAGUACGUUGGAACGAUCGAAUAACCGAAUUCGUGUGCGGUCGGUUGUGGAAAUACGAGUCGACUCGUGACUGGUCAGCUAGCUGUUAAUUUCGAAUGGAUACCCGCUGCAGGAGACACGCGUCUAUCGCCGGAUUAGACCUGUCCGAUCCUGAUCGGACGAGGAACGUUCGUUCUCGCGUGAUUGACAGUAGACGGCAAGAAAUACAGAGACGAUGGCUCGGAUUAACGCGGUAGCUUCGCGAAACCCUGACCUCGCGGAGGAGUUCGACUCGGAAGAAGCCGGAGAUCUCAUAGUUCUCGGAGAACCGAUACACCUCGGAAUGUACAGGAUCGAGAAAUCUAAUGGCGAGAGAACCGAUAUAUCUUCAAUCUGUUCUUAGAACGUUACAACGACGAACAGAGAGGUCCUCUCCUGGCCGAUACCCUAAAGACAAGUACCUAGAUUUGGAUUUAAACGGUAUUUCGAGGGGAUCGAUGGAAUUGAUAAAAUCCAUAGAAAUCUUUCGUCUCCGAUGAAAAUGUAUAGAGUUCGGGUUCGAGUGGCAGCAGUUCCUUAGAGGAUCAGUCGCGAGAAGGUAGCACCGCGAAAAGUGGAGCGCGUGGAUCAAUUGUCCGACCGAGGCGGCGUCGCGCAAACGAACCACGCAUAUUUUCACCUGACCAAGUACGAUUCGGGGGAAUCUUCGAGCGCGAAACACGCGUGUAAUUGCACAGUGAACGACCAGGUGACGGAAAGUCGGGAGAGAAAGGUCGGCCAGCCGUUCGCCGAGCGUUCUACGCCAUUGGCGGUGCAGCAGCGUCGUCUCCUCGUCGAGUGACAGCAGCCCGAGGAAUCGAGCGAGCCUGAUCAUCGGCCGCCUCCGACGAGCAUUCCAAGUCGCAGCCAGCCAUCGGAGGAGCAGCGAGAGUACCGGACGCGCAGUGCCCUGGUCAAGAUUCAAGGAUGUGACCUCGGAUUCUCCUGCAUCCGCGUUCCCCCCGCAAAGGGAUGUUCUCCUCCGCGUGCACCAGCUGCACCGACGCCGAGGAGGACGCCGAGGAUGUGGAGAACGACGUGGCGGACACCAUCGCGCAGUCGUCUGAUUACUUGCCGUCGGGUCUCCGUGAUAACGCGCGCGAUCACCUGGAAGGACUGCGGUUAGAUGGGUCAUCGGUCGCGCGUCCACCAGCCGAGGACACUUCCGCGAGGCCAGCGACGCCGUGGUCGCCGCCUCGAUAAAUCCGAACCGCCGUCCCCUUCGUUUCCCAGCUCGCUGUUCUCCUCCUCCCGCAGCCGGCCCAUCCGCUCCUCCGCCUCCUUCUCCGCCUCGUCGUCAUCGUCGUCGUGGUCGUCGCUCGCAUCCCGGGAACCGGCUAAGCCCACGCCCGGCGCCGGACCGGACACCGAGCCGGCCGCGAAUCGGAGGGGAACCGAACGCGCCGAGGAACGAGCAGCGUCCAGGUGACGAAAGCACGGAACCAGUGCCAUCUCCCAAGCUACCCACGAGAGAGAGGUCCGAUAAUCGUCAUUGUCAUACCGUAUACCGUUAAAAAACGUUCUAGGAAGUGAUCGAGGAAGCUCCCCAGGCCGCCGAGCUCGAGGCCCCGUAUAAAGCCGCGCGUCCAAGUGUCGGUGUUCGCGGGCCGACACCCAAUUCGGAACUUGUUGAAUGGAUCGGUGGUGGUAGGCGUACGCUCGGUUGCCCCCUUAGCCCGGGACCGGUCGACCCGCGACUCGGAACCAACCCACGAUGCUGAUUUGCCCGCGGGUCAUGACAUUCAGUUAGUGUUGUGUGUCGUGGCCGGCCUGUACGUCGCGGUUCGCUCUCCGACCGGGGCACCCGGGAAGAGGGAACGGAGGGAGAGAGAGGGAAAGGGUGAAGGAGUGAGUGAGACCAACAGAGAAGACGAAGAAGACGAAGAAGAAGAAGAAGAAGAAGAAGAAGAAGAAGAAGAAGAAGAAGAAGGAGAGGCGGUUACCGAGGAAAGAGGAUCCAGAGAUGAGGCGUGCGAAACAGCCCGUGUUUAGCGUAGCCGCAAGAGGCUGGCCUAGGUCCUGAUAGCCGCUGCGACCAGGAUCCGGGGAUCAUUCAAGGUGAAAGGAUGCCAGGGGGGCGCAGGGGCCUGGUCGCCCCGCAAAACACAUUCUUGGAGAACAUCAUACGACGGAACAGCAGUCAACCUGACAGCAGUUUUCUCCUGGCGAACGCUCAGAUCGUCGACUUCCCUAUUGUCUAUUGCAACGAAAGCUUUUGCAAAAUCUUUGGCUAUGAUCGUGCCGAGGUUAUGCAAAAGUCCUGCCGCUGCGGAUUCAUGUACGGGGAGUUGACGGACAAAGAGUUGAUCGCCAGGAUAGAGGAAUGCCUCGAGGGCCAGAUACACGAUCAAUUCGAGAUCCCGCUCUACAAGAAGAACAGUGCUCAACGAGGUAUGUCUAGCACAGGUUCGCAAAUGAGCGCUCGAAAGACCCACCACGUGAGCAAGAGACGACACACGUACAAGGAUCGUCGAACGAUCCCUGGACCAAGGGGCGCCCAUAAUGAGAGGACAUUAUUCGACCUCCCGCCUACUCUUGAAUUCAAAACACCGCUAUGGCUGAUCCUGCAAAUAGCGCCGAUCAAAAACGAACGGGACCUGGUGGUCCUGUUCCUGCUGACCUUCCGGGACAUCACUACCCAAAAGCAGACAAUCGAGGCGGACGACAGCAAGAGCGGCCUAUCCAAGUUCGCGAAACUCGCCAGAUCGGUCACCAGGUCCAGAUCCGUUCUUGUCUCACAGUUCAGCUCCCAUCUGCCAGCCCUCAAGGACUCCGCGUUGCCGACCACUGCGAAACAAUCGCAUCUAACUCACUUAUUGACCUUAAGCGGCGACGUAAUGCCGCAGUACAGGCAGGAGGCGCCGAAGACACCGCCGCACAUUUUGUUACAUUACUGCGCGUUCAAGGCGAUCUGGGACUGGAUCAUUUUGUGUUUGACCUUUUACACGGCCAUCAUGGUGCCCUACAACGUCGCGUUCAAGAACAAGACCAGCGAGGACGUAUCGCUGCUGGUGGUCGACAGCAUCGUCGACGUCAUAUUCUUCAUCGACAUCGUCCUCAACUUUCACACGACGUUCGUCGGCCCCGGCGGUGAAGUAGUGUCCGACCCAAAGGUGAUCAGGAUGAACUACCUGAAGUCCUGGUUCGUGAUCGACCUGCUGAGCUGCCUGCCGUACGACGUGUUCAACGCGUUCGACCACGACGAGGACGGCAUCGGCAGCCUGUUCUCCGCGCUGAAGGUGGUGCGUUUGCUCCGUCUAGGUCGCGUGGUCCGCAAACUAGACCGGUAUCUGGAGUAUGGAGCCGCGAUGCUCAUUCUUCUGCUCUGUUUCUACAUGUUGGUUGCUCACUGGCUGGCCUGUGUCUGGUACGUCACUUUAAGGUACUCGAUAGGACGAUCGGACGCGGACAACGGUGUCCAGUACUCCUGGCUGUGGAAGCUGGCGAACGUCACCCAGUCACCGUACAGCUACCUGUGGACCAAUACGAGCACCGCGCCGGAACUGGUCGCCGGCCCGUCCCGCAGGACGAUGUACGUCACCGCGCUCUACUUCACGAUGACCUGCAUGACCUCGGUGGGCUUCGGGAACGUCGCCGCGGAGACCGACAACGAGAAGAUCUUCACCAUUUGCAUGAUGAUUAUCGCCGCCCUGCUGUACGCCACAAUCUUCGGUCACGUGACCACGAUAAUUCAACAAAUGACCUCCGCGACCGCGAAGUACCACGACAUGCUGAACAACGUGAGGGAGUUCAUGAAGCUGCACGAAGUGCCGAAGGCGCUCAGCGAGCGCGUCAUGGACUACGUUGUGAGCACCUGGGCGAUGACCAAGGGCCUAGACACCGACAAAGUGCUCAACUACUGCCCGAAAGACAUGAAGGCGGACAUCUGUGUUCAUUUGAAUCGAAAAGUCUUCAACGAACACCCGGCGUUCAGGCUGGCCUCCGAUGGUUGUUUGCGUGCCCUGGCGAUGCACUUCACGAUGUCGCACAGCGCCCCCGGCGACCUGCUGUACCACACCGGCGAGUCGAUCGACUCGCUCUGCUUCAUCGUGACCGGUAGCCUCGAGGUGAUCCAGGACGACGAGGUGGUCGCGAUCCUCGGCAAGGGGGACGUGUUCGGGGACAGCUUCUGGACGAACCCGUCCGUGGGACAGAGCGCGGCGAACGUCCGCGCCCUCACCUACUGCGACCUUCACACGAUCAAGAGGGACCGGCUGCUGGAGGUGCUGGAUUUUUACCAGGCGUUCGCGAACUCGUUCGCCAGGAACCUUGUUCUGACCUACAACCUGAGCCAUCGGUUAAUAUUCCGGAAGGUGGCCGACGUCCGGCGAGAGAAAGAGCUGGCCGAGAGGAGGAAGAACGAGCCGCAGCUGGAUCAAGCGCAGGAUCACCUGGUGCGCAAAAUUUUCUCGAGGUUCAAGACCGACGGGGAUGCCCAGAUCGGCGUGACCAGGGCCGCAAACGGACGGUCCCAGCAGGAUUCCGACGAGGAGCUCACCGUGAACGUCCUGCCGCCCUGGCCCAGUUUUAGGCAAUUUCAUUUCUUACGUAUUUAUUUAUCUUCUUCAUUCUUUUUUAUUGCCAUCUUUGCUACUUCUUACGUAUAAUAAUUAUAUUUGGAGAAUUCUCUUGAAGAAAGAAAGAAAGAAAGAAAGAACGAACGAACGAAACGAAACGAGAACGAAACUAGAACGAUACGGAACGAUACGCAACGAAACGAAACGGAACGGAACGGAACGGAACGAAACGAAAUGAAAAGAUAAAGGACAGCGAUACGAAUGUGUAACCUUUUAAAGAUCACGAGAACGAACACUCUCUGGUUGUAUAUAAUAUAUAUACAUAUAUAUACGUAUAUGCAUAUAUAUAUUAUAGAGAACUACUUAAUCUUAUCGACUUUAAUUGUUACUGUUCGAUCGAUUCGAUUUAUUAUUCUUCUUCUCAUUAUGAUUAUAUUCAAUCAUCGUUAUUAUUAUUGUAUAUCGUUACAUAUAUAUUAUUAUUCUUAUUGUUAUUAUUAUUAUUAUUGUUGUUGUUGUUAUUCUUAUAUUAUUAUUAUACUCGUCAACUGUGACUUUUUACAUUAUAUGUAUAUAAUAUACACGCGGACGUUCUUGUAACACAACCGCGGUACGUCGAUUUACCCGCGCGAGAACAGUCGUUGGAACCGUUGAUCGACGGACAUUUUUCUUUUUCCGCGGCGAACCGUUUGAAGGACAGCCGCGUGAUUUUUCUCGCGUCUCAUAGAUCGGGUUUGGGAAAUUUCCCUCAUUCGAGAGAUCUCGGGCGACCUCGCCACUUUUUGCUCUUUUUUUUCGUCUCGAACGAAAUCGUUGAAGACUCCGUCGGAAGAGAGGGUAUCACGGAUGUGCAAUCGCUGUACACACGCUUGAAAGAGACAACUGAUAUAUAUAUACUACUAUCUAUAUAUAUAUAUAUAUAUAUAUAUAUAUUAAUUCUAUUUUCACAGCACGUCCACGAAACACCCCCGCCUGGCCGAAUCAAGACCCCGCCCCCGCAGGGGACCGUAGAGACGCGCACGUAGACCACUCAGUAUGCAUAGACCACUCACGGCGACGAUCCUCGUCGGCGAGAUCGAUAGAUAGAGCUCGUGGCCGCCGGCAACGAGGCGUCGUUCGACCGACCGCCUCUUGUCGUCGCACCUCGAGAAACCCAAAGUUUCGAUCGACUCGGAGAUGAUCAUGGCUAACAGCAUCGCACGCUCGCGAUAAUCGGCCAAUCGACGCCGUCGGUUCCUCGGGGAACCCUCGAGUUUCUUAAUCUAGAGAUACCGCUAACGAACACCCCCUGUGCGUACGUAUCGAGAUCGGCUCGUUAGUCUUUGCUUCCUCGAUUAGUGCCAAAGAAACGAUCGAAUCAAUGGUACGGAAGAGAAAUCGAGUUGAAUCUUCGCGAGACCCAGUGUUUCCGAGGCGCGCGGAAAAGUCAAAGUCCCUCGCCCGUGAUCGUUUCCCAGUAAGUAUACGGAAGUCUCAUCUUCCCUUCUCUUAUCUUCUAAAGAAAGACUCCUCUGGGAAGACCGAGACGUUUCAGCUUCCACCAGUAGCCUACAGCUUUCCGUUUCGUUUUUGUAGACCAGCGGUUCCCAACCUCUCUCUCCCCGUGCCCCUUGAUCAGGCUUUUCAACUCCAAAUCCCCCCGCAGCAUCCCUUCCAUUUUCUUAAGUUAGCUAAACAAUGAGAAGGCUUUCAUCUUCGACUUUGCAUCUCACAGUUUUUACCCAUUUCAUCCUCCACGGAAGCAAAAGUACGUCGCCUCGUUUCUACGUUUUCAUUUUGACUCUGUAACAUUGGUCACGGUGUUCCUCGCCGUGAGCAGUGUUACGUUAGGUUGAGAACCGCUGCCCUGCCGUAGAUAGACGACCCAGGCGGACCCGCGUGCUCGUAAGGAAACUGUGUAUCUAUCUCCACCUAUUCCCUUCUCUCAGGUGCGAGCGUCGCGACGGGGCUCGAUUCGGCCAGGCGUGUCGCGUCCGGCCAGGAUGCGUGUACACAUCACCACCCGGUGGCCAUAUAAUACAAUCUUUGCCAUUUUCUGGCGAUCACUGCAGUUCUGACGAAUGCUAGAGUGCUGUAAGAUAUACGGCUUUAGAGGGUUAUGCGCAUUUUUCUCCCACCUCGUGCAUGUAUGCGUAACACGCGCGCGAGCCCCGCCGUGCGCGUGCUUACGCAUACGUGUACACUUUUAGCGGACAACCAAGAUUGUAUAGUGCGGCCUCGAGGGCUGCGCAACUAUUUCGCUUGAUUCUACGAGUAAAACGGCAUCGUUCGGUCAGGUGUAGCACUAGAACUACCGACCACUUGAAUAGACUUUUCAAAUGUCUCCAUGGAAGCUGUAAACCCGCGCGUAUUAAGGUUUCAAUCGACUUCUAUUUCAAUUCAGGUAUCGCCUAAGCUCCAAUGAUUUUUCGAAGACUUGUCUGCGCCUUGGUAAUUGCAAAAGAUUUAAUCAGGAAUAGGUCAGGUUCACCGAUCUGCUGGUAGUACCGUUGAUGCCUCCUUUCGAAUUUUGAAUGACGUACAGUAAUUGCACUGCAAAUCUACGCGUUUAUAUUACAUAGAAAUACAAAAGAAGCGCAAAACGGAAUGAAAUUCAAUAGAAAGCUCGCUUCGGUCCACAUUUCACUCGAACUUCUGCGAAUUCCAUCUGAAAACUUUUCCUCGCGAAGACACCGGGUCUGACAGUAAUAACCAAUCCUACUACGGGAGAAAAAGAAAGUUUCGAAGUUGUUGCCAUUAACAAUAUGUCAUUUCCCGGAGAAUAAUAUCCACGACGCGGAACCGCAAGGGGUAACGCUAGAACUACCGGACCAGCUCGGAACCGCCCAUUCCGCGAUGCUUCUACAAUUACUGAGAAGCUAACAGACACUUGUCUAACGAGCUAAUGAACGGAUUUAGUAAUACACGAUCUACGUCGGAAAUCAAUCGAAACCUCGCGCCAUUGGAGUCUCCGUAGAAAACUAAAACGAAGCGAAUUUGAUUGCUCCAGUAGUUGCAGUAGUCCUAGUGUCACGAAGCGACAGACGCACGAGCACAGCCGGUGUCGUCGAACGAAAGUUUCAUUCCGUCCUCGGAGUUCCACGGGAGCGAAAUAAGUGGCGAAGUCCUCGCUGCGCCUCGAGCAUCCGAUCCUUUUACGAUUUUAUGCAACGCCGAAUGCAUGUGACGUACACACUCUAGGAUUCAAAUUUCUCUCUCUCUCUCUCUCUCUCUGUCUGUCUCUCUACCUGUUUCUCUAUCUAUCUAUCUAUCUCUCUGUCUGUCCCUCUCUCUCUCUAUCUCUAUCUCUCCAACUCUCUGUCACCUGUACUACUUAUAUAUAGAUAUAUGUGUACACAUAUACAUAUGUUUCUAAAUAUAUGUAUGUAUACGCAUAUAUAUUUCUAUACCUUACACAGCGACACACAAAACACACACGUACAUACACGUACAUACGCAUUAUAUGAUAAUGUUCCGGUGUCGGCUGGCGGCUGCUUGAAAAACUGCCGGACUGCAGUUCGCAUUCUCGUCGAACAGUUUGCGUGUACCGCAAAGAACCGGUUAGCGUACCUCGGUCGUGGCAUGUCUUUGUGCAUGAUAGAUACUUAGAGUUACUUAGAACACUUUACACCGAGCGAGGUGGUCGCGAACGAGGCACUCCCAAAGUUGAUCAGGCAGCUCGCGGCACCGAUUACGAUACCGUAUGUCAUCCGACGUCCCGUCGAUCAACUUGGAUCGUGACCGGCUGCUGGAAGAUGAUCGGUAGACCCUGCCACAGGGGACGAUGAACGUCGACGGAAAGGAUGAGCACCGUCGGGAAUUUUCCAUGGAUUCAUGGUUUUGCUCGCGAAGUAUCAAUGACGAGUUCCGGUGAAGUUAGGAACGCGAGAGGUUCGACGAUUUGCCACGCGAAAAGAAUGAGAACCGUUCGCGAACUCCGAUCGGUCAACCCGAUAUUUACUGAUUCGCGUCGAUUCGUUAUUCCGGUCGGGAGUCCUCUCGGCAAUAAUUCAAACUCCGAUGCUCCCUGCGAGCCGAGAGUCUAAUUACGGCGCUGCUGUCCACCGCUCGCCAGUUCCUAAGUCGGUCGAUCCGGGCUGAAAAGCGUCGCGAUAACGCGUCCCGAUGAUUCGCUGGAAAAUCCGAGUAGCCCGGUCUCCGCCGCGCGGAAAUCGGAAUCGGUGAUUAGGAGCCUCUUGCAUGAUAAAUUGCGACCUCGUGUUAUUGGUAAACUGGAGCAAGCGAAUUCUCGUUCUUUCUGGCUACUUCUUUGCAAUCUAAACUAAGAUAUAGCAUUUGUUUUCUAUACUGUAACUGUGUCGGUCUGCUGGAACUGAUCUAAUUGAGAAUGAAAUUCUUGCGAUUUUCUGGAAACCUUCUAUUUUGUACUCCCUUUUUGAUAAUCUUUGUUCGAACAACUGCAUGAAGAUUACUUGUAAGUUAGUGUUACCGUCGUAUAAGAGGUUUUUGAUCGAUCGUUCGCGACCAAUGGUAGAUAACUCCGAGAUUUCUCAAGCAACUUUGAAACGUGCGAGUGUCACGAUCGAUGGUUGAUCGACAACGGCCGUCCCUCCCGUAUGUUUUAUCGGCAUCUUUAUCACCACUGCGACUACUGUCUUUCGAAUCCCGUAGGCACACCAAAGUAGGUUGCUCGUGAACACACCGCUGGAGCUGUUUUCCCUUUUUCUAGCCUCAGUAGAACGAACUUGACUCAUCUUUUACCACCAAGAGAAUCAGAAAAGCAAAAAAAAAGAAAAUUUACCAUAUUCUUCUCGCCCUGUCCGAAUGAAACAAAAAAGAAAAAAAAAUGUAGAGAAGCUCUCGUCGUUCGCCGGGUAACGAACGAUGAUUGAUGAUAAAUGAAUGAUGACGAUCACGAUGACGAUGA